GAGGUUCUACAGGACCCAACCAAACCUCUGCUUAUGGAUCCUGCCAAACUUUUGUUAAAGGAUCCAGCCAAACUGCUUAUUCUUCCCCCAACCAAGCCUCUGCCCCCUCACCAAACCAAUCUUCUGCUUCUGGAUCCAAUCAGUCCGCUUCCCCUUCUCCCAGUCAAACUGCUGCCGUCUCACCCAACCAAGCUCCAGUUACAGGGCCUAACCAAACUCAGACCUCAGGAAAUGGUCACCAAACAGGCACCUGUCAGCCCAAUGUUCCUGGGUCCAGCCAAAUUCCAGCUUCUGAGCCUAGCCAACCCUCAGUCACAGGCCUCAGUCAGACAUCUUCAGGACUCAACCAAACACCAGGCCUUGUGGAAAGCCAGUCUCCGGGUUCAGGCCUAAGCCAGUCAUCAGCACUUGGAGUAAGCAACCUACUUCCCAAGUCUGAGGGCCCGGAGCAGAUUGAGUCGGAAGAAGCAGGCAACUUCAUGCAGCGCCAGUUUGGGGCCCUCCUGCAGCCGGCCGUCAACAAGUUUUCCCUGCGGAUGUUUGGGAGUCACAAGGCGGUAGAGAUUGAACAGCAAAGGGUUAAAUCUGCUGGCUCCUGGAUCAUCCACCCCUACAGUGACUUCAGGUUUUACUGGGAUCUCAUCAUGCUCCUUCUUAUGGUUGGAAAUCUGAUAGUUCUACCGGUGGGAAUCACAUUCUUCAAGGAUGAGAACACUCCACCUUGGAUUGUGUUCAAUGUCCUCUCUGACACUUUUUUCUUGGUGGACCUGGUUCUAAAUUUCCGGACAGGGAUUGUGGUGGAGGACAACACAGAGAUUAUUCUUGAUCCACAUACCAUCAAGAUGAAGUAUCUGAAGAGCUGGUUUCUGGUGGACUUUGUCUCUUCCAUCCCUGUGGACUACAUUUUCCUCAUCGUGGACUUGGAGACGCAAGUAGACUCUGAAGUGUACAAGACGGCCAGGGCCUUACGAAUCGUCAGGUUUACAAAAAUUCUUAGUCUCCUCCGACUACUUCGUCUGUCCCGGCUCAUCCGAUAUAUCCACCAGUGGGAAGAGAUCUUCCACAUGACCUACGACCUGGCCAGCGCCGUGGUUCGAAUCUUUAACCUGAUUGGAAUGAUGUUAUUGUUGUGCCACUGGGACGGCUGCCUUCAGUUUUUGGUUCCAAUGCUCCAGGACUUUCCAGAGGAUUGCUGGGUCUACAUUAACAAGAUGGUGAACGAGUCCUGGGGCAAGCAGUACUCUCACGCCAUCUUUAAGGCAAUGAGCCACAUGCUGUGCAUAGGCUAUGGCCAGCAGGCUCCGGAGGGAAUGACGGAUGUCUGGCUUACCAUGCUUAGUAUGAUAGUGGGGGCUACCUGUUAUGCUAUGUUUAUUGGCCAUGCUACAGCCCUCAUCCAGUCCUUGGACUCAUCUCGUCGUCAAUACCAAGAGAAGUAUAAACAGGUGGAGCAGUACAUGUCCUUCCACAAACUGCCCCCGGACACACGGCAGAAAAUUCAUGAGUAUUAUGAGCACCGUUACCAGGGCAAGAUGUUCGAUGAGGAGAACAUCCUCGGGGAACUUAGCGAACCUCUUAAAGAGGAGAUUGUUAACUUCAACUGCCGCAAUCUUGUUGCCAAUAUGCCUCUUUUCGCCAAUGCCGACCCCAACUUUGUAACCGCCAUGUUAACCAAGCUCCGCUUUGAAGUGUUCCAGCCAACAGAUUAUAUCAUUCGGGAGGGCACAGUAGGAAAGAAGAUGUAUUUUAUCCAGCAUGGGGUGGUGAGCAUCCUAACCCGGGGGAGCAAGGAGACCAAACUUUCUGAUGGUUCAUACUUUGGAGAGAUCUGCCUGCUGACUCGUGGACGCAGAACGGCGAGUGUGCGCGCUGAUACCUACUGCCGCCUCUACUCCCUCUCGGUGGACAACUUUAACGAAGUCCUGGAAGAAUACCCAAUGAUGAGAAGGGCAUUUGAGACAGUUGCCAUGGACCGACUGGAUAGAAUUGGUAAGAAGAACUCCAUCCUGCUCCGUAAACGUGCAGAGAACAGCACAGGCUCGGUGAAUAAUGAGAUCAUUCAGCAGAUUGUGAAACAUGAUCGAGACAUGGCCCAUAAUAUCCAGGAUUUCCAGUCAUUGGGGACAAUGCGGGAUGCUGGACACAAGACUCUCAUCUGGGAGCCCCUGGUUCAUGCCCCUCUGCAGACUGCCGCAGCCACCACAAAUGUUGCCAUCGCUCUCACUCAUCAGCAGAACCUUCAGACUCAUGUCUUCCUACCCCCAUCAUCUCUACCCGAGACUGCAUAUGCCAGCCGACAGGCCAGAAGGUCUCAGCCCAAUAUUGGGUCCAGGCCUUCUAUAAGUUCUCCAUCUGGUGCCCAGUCCCAUUUGCAUACUCCAGUUGGCAUCUCCCAGUCUUCUCCGAGUGGCCUCCAGAAACAGGGUGUUGGUGUUCCUCCCUCCCGUUUUUACCAGAUACAGAGAGUGGAGCCUCCUCCCCUUGCGAAACCACUAAUGAAUUCACAAGUGCAACUAUCCCGCUCCCGUGGGACUUCUGCAUCCACCUCUGUUUUGCAGCAAUCGGCUGGGCCUGCGAGCUCUCAGAUGGUGGCUGGGCCUCUUUCUGGCAGGACACUGCACUACAGUCUGUCUAGAGCAAGUGGUUCUCACAUUUCUCUGCUUAUGCAGCAAGUGGCCAGUUCCCCUCAACAGCUUGUCAAACACAGGAGCAUACAAGGACUGCCCGUUGGGAGACUGUCACAGGAUGACCGUCUCUUAUCUGCCUCUCAGCCUUCAUUGCCCAACAGAGUAGCCCAGCAGCAGGACAGUGCAGCCUAUCCACAAGCUGCUGACUCUCCAGGAUCUUUUAGUAAUAAAUCCUCUCCGUCUGUGUCUGUAACAUUUGUUAAACCGCCAUCUCACACGACGCAGGUGCCUACAGGGCCCGCCACAUUGUCCGGAUCUUCAGUCAGUGGUUCAGUCACUCCACAGUCUCCUGUGUCUUCAGCUCGACCACCAGGGCCAUCACGAAAGGGAUCAGUAGUUUUCAGCCCUGAUGUGGACAUUGCUAAACCGAAGUUUCCCUCUAACAUGUAACAAAUGACAUGGGAAAUGGACAACUAUUUCCAGGGUCGUCAUAAAAUCCAAAAGCCUUCUGAUCCACGCAGACCAUUUGCAAGAGUAAUCCAAGAACCAGUUGUAGUCUAAUGUGGUUGUUUCUACCAACACUGCCUUUCUUCAGUUCCAUCACAUCUCCUAGGCAUGACCUAUCGCAAGCAGAAGCUCA